UCUCAAAAGCGCUGAAAGCUGAAGAUGGAUAUUAAGCGUGUGAAGGACUAUAUCUACUGGCUGUACUACCAGUACCUCCUGAUCACCUGCAGCUAUGUGCUGGAGCCCUGGGAGCGGUCCAUGUUCCACACCAUCACCGUGACUGUUUUCGCUAUGGUGGUGUACACGGCUUACGUCUUCGUCCCCAUCCACGUCCGCCUGGCUUUUGAGUUCUUCUCCCAGAUAUUUGGAGGCCAGCCCGAAAGCACGGUUUCCAUCAUGAACUGAGCCUGCCUGAGUAGUGAUUAGCAGCUCUUGCAACUUGUGAAAUGCAAUGUCUUCUUCAAUUCUGUGUAUUUAUUCUGAAGCAGUUUUGCAGUUACAAAAAUACCAUUUUCUCUUACAAACCACGGCUUGCUUAAUUACCACAGCUGAAAACCAGAAUAACGCACCGACUACUGGCUGCACAGUCCCUGUUAAAUGAAACACAGGCCAGCUUUUGCUGUGUGAUAAUGACACACAUCACCUGGAAUGCCGCAUUUACCUAAUAUUCAACUGGCU